AUGGCGCUUAUGAACGGGGAGGUAACCCAACGGCGGCCGGAGACAGAAACAGGAGACCAAACCAUCAAAUCAAACUCCACAGCUAAAGAUUAUGGUUGUCGAGGUCGCUUAGAUAUCAGUCGUAGACGUGUACAAAAUCUUUACGGUACUGCAUCUGUCAGUGAAAGUGAACAAAUCUACGUGACACAUGCGAGUGAGCGUACCAAGUCUGUAGGGCAGUCGGGAAGUCCUAUAGAGCAAGCCUCCCAACAUGCCUCAAUUGGCCCUGUCUUAGACCAUGAAAAAUAUCGAAAGUCGAAACUAGUAAUGCUGAUCAGCACCUCAUCUAUAUAA